UCUCAAACCGGAGGGUCGAGCGAGCAAACGAAAAUAUGCUUUUUUUCGCUUCUUCUUCUUUUCUUUUCUUCCUCUGCCACUUGAGCGCCAGCACUGUGAACUCGGGAACGGUCGGCGUUUGUUUCAGUCGCAGAACCACUUUCCGCUGGCUCACUGCCUUCCCUCCCGCCUCUCCAUUGAUCUCCGAGACUGUUCUCUCUCCGUCUCUCUCUGUGUGUGAACGGAGACUGCAAUGAGAUUACUCUUAGCUCCGGCUCUCUUCUUCUGUGCUCUCCUCGUCUGCUUUCCGGCCGCUGAAUCAGCCAAUGGAGAUUCCAACUCCACCGCGGAGGUAAAUGCAACCCUGGAUUCCAACUCCACGAAACUCAGAUCCAGGGAGGACACCUUCGCCUUCAUGAUCGAUCGCGCACUGGAGAAGGAGUUCAAUGAGACGGACCAGGGAGAAGCCACUGAUCCCGGCAGCUUCAAUAACAGUGUUGCUGGACAGCAGGCAGUUUUGGAGACUGUUGCCAGGGUCACAACCAAGAAGAAUGAAUCCAAGGAAGAGAAGUCCUUUCAGUUUCAUAGUGUUUUCAAUUUUGACAAUGAUAACCGAGGGGAAGAUGCUCCAAGAUUGAUUGAUAAAAAGGACAAUGUCUUUAUAAUAUCAAAUCCGAAGUCCAAAUAUCCUGUGCUACAACUUGACUUAACUUUGAUAUCAGAUCUAGUGGUUGUCAUCGUUUCUGCUGCUUGUGGUGGAAUAGCAUUUGCUUGUGCUGGACAACCGGUAUUUACAGGAUACCUGCUAGCAGGAUCUGUAAUUGGGCCAGGGGGCUUCAGCUUUGUCAGUGAAAUGGUACAGGUGGAGACAGUGGCACAAUUUGGUGUUAUUUUCCUCCUGUUUGCACUGGGUCUGGAGUUCUCCGUCACCAAGCUUCGAGUUGUCCGAGCAGUUGCUGUUGUUGGAGGCCUUCUCCAGAUUUCGCUCUUUAUGUGCCUUUGUGGAUUGAUAGCCUCGUUCUGUGGAGGUAAGCCUUCAGAGGGAGUAUUUGUUGGUGCAUUUCUCUCAAUGUCUUCGACUGCUGUGGUUUUGAAAUUUCUGAUGGAAAGAAAUAGCAUAAAUACCCUGUACGGUCAGGUCACUGUCGGUACCCUCAUUCUGCAGGACUGUGCUGUUGGCCUGCUGUUUGCUUUACUUCCUGUCCUUGGUGGUACAUCUGGCGUUCUUCAGGGUGUGAUAUCCAUGUCUAAAUUGUUAGUGUUGCUACUUGCAUUUUUGGCCGCUUUAACAAUUCUAUCUCGUACCUGUGUACCAUGGUUCCUAAAGCUUAUGAUCAGCUUAUCAUCACAGACUAAUGAACUCUACCAGUUGGCAUCAGUGGCAUUCUGUCUGCUUGUCGCCUGGUGUAGUGACAAGUUGGGCCUAAGCCUUGAACUGGGAUCCUUUGCUGCCGGUGUGAUGAUAUCCACGACUGAUCUUGCCCAACAUACACUCGAGCAAGUGGAACCAGUUCGCAACUUAUUUGCCGCUCUCUUUUUAGCUAGCAUUGGGAUGUUAAUACAUGUCCAAUUCCUGUGGAAUCACGUUGAUAUAUUACUUGCUUCCGUACUGUUGGUCAUUGUUGUAAAAACUAUCAUUACUGCAUCUGUAGUCAAAGGAUUCAGAUACAACAACAAAACUGCACUCCUUGUUGGGAUGACCCUCGCACAAAUUGGGGAAUUUUCCUUUGUUCUUCUAAGUCGUGCUUCUAAUCUUCAUCUGAUUGAGGGUAAAUUGUAUCUACUGCUGCUCGGAACGACAGCCCUCAGUCUGGUGACGACCCCAUUUCUUUUCAAGUUAAUUCCUGCUGUGGUACACCUUGGAGUGCUGUUGCGGUGGUUCCUUCCAGACAGCGCCCACGAGAUUGGGUAUAAAGGAGAUAGCUUUCUGUCAGACAGCGCCAAGCGCAUAACUGUGAUGGUCCACGGCAAUCACCAUUCAUGAUUGAUGAUGAUGAUGUUAUAGUAUAAGAUUCCACAUUUGCUAGGAAAAGCCAAAAAUUACCUACCUGAUGGGCUUCCUUGUUAUACUCUCUGGGGGGCAGGUGCUUAAAGAAGGCAAAGGAGGUUGAGUUUCACUGACUGUAACAGUCUAAGGCCAACUGUUCUCUAUUAUCCCCCACACCCCAAAAGUGCAAUUGUAUAAAGUAAAAGUGCUCCCUUCCCCUCUUCUUCUCGAUGUAGCUUACACAGUCAGUCUCCCUCCCCUUCCCUGACCAGCAGCAGAAUGUUGGAUGGUAAAACUCGGCGAAAUCGCGGCGACCCGGUCACAAUGUAUGCGGCUGAUGGACCAACAACACACCACACUGCCACGCCUCUCCCCACUACUUUGUAACAUGUAGUUUCUAAGCUGUAGAGUGAUUGAUAAUGUUUGUUUUUUUUUUUUUUUCUUUUAUUGGAUCUGUGUUCUUUCCCCCCUCAUCCUAUUGUCAAUGUUUUCAUGUCCAUUUUUGUUCAUCUUAAGUUUUAGGGUUUAGCAACAAGUAAUCCACUUUCGAAAUCCAAGUAUGGAAGUUUUAGGAAGAUCAACUAUUCAGGAUGCCCCUCUACAAAAAGGAUCAGGAAUCGAGCUGGCCAUUUGGUUUUUUGUUCUCCAUUUUCUCCCCCAAUCUUUUGUAUUUAGGGCAACAUGUCACAUGUGUAAGCUCUCUCUCGAUUCAUAAGUUGAUUCUUCCUUUUUUUGCUCUUUCUUUGUGCUUUGGCUUAGGGGAAAGUAGAGUGCACUAUAUGGCUGCAAUAUGUGAAAAGAUUUCUGCAUUACUCGGCAGACUCAUGACAGUGGUCGAUUCGGACUUAUAAUUUUGCGUGUUUUAUCACGGGGUUUUCUCAAAAUGAG